GGUCGAACAUACGUUUAUACAUUUAGUUACAUUGUAUACGGAUUUGUAUUAUAAAGACUACAAAAUAUUGUUUAUUGUUAUUAUCGGUGGUUAUUAUAAACGAAAAUAAGGGCUCUUACCCGACAAGAUGACUUCACUGCAAUUUCGUGCUAGCAAACAUAUGUUUUGCUCAUUAUCAUUAAUGUCACCAAAGACUCGCACAUUUGGUUGCUCAACAUCAUUAGCCAAGAAAGAGGGCGAAAAUAUAUCAACUGUUGAUGUUAGAGAUGUCAAACAGCAUUCAAAGUUAAGGGACCAGUGGUGGGACCCCAUCGGACCCAUGAUAGUGUUACAUAGAUUCAACCUGAUUAGAGUGCCAUUUGUAAGAGACGGCUUAGCACAUUCUUCACAUGAUCAUAGAAACAGUACUCCUCUCUUGGAAAAAAAGAUCUUAGACAUUGGGUGCGGAGGAGGAAUUUUGACAAUGCCUCUAGCCAAACUAGGUGCAGAGAUGACCGGCGUAGACGCCAGUCAGGAACUGAUAUCAGUAGCCCAGGAAUACAGCCAGGUUCACCCACCUGUGCCAGGGAAACAGCCCACGUACAUAUGCACUUCGAUUGAGGAACACGCAAAAGAUCACGCCAACGUUUAUGACGGAGUAGUGGCUUCAGAAAUAAUAGAACACAUUGAAAACGACAAAAAGGAAUUGUUCGUCAAAUCCUGCAUAAACACGCUGAAGCCAGGAGGAAGGAUUUUCUUCACGACUCCCACUAGAACUAGAUUGUCGCAGUUCACAACGAUAUGCUUAGCAGAGUACGUGCUGAAUACUAUACCGAGAGGCACACACCAAUACGAUCAGUUCACCACGCCGAAAGACUUGACAUUAUUACUAGAGAGAAACGGUUGCCGCGUGGAAGCCGUCCAAGGCUGUGUCUUCAACUUUUUCCAAAAGAAGUGGCAUAUUGUCAGCCCCACGACAUUUUUCUUUUUUCUGCAAGCUAUUAAGCCAGAAGAAAAAGCCUUACCGAGAUAACCAGCUCAAAAUGAAUGUUUUUAGUCUUUUACACAUUUAGUUUAGGAAUUGCAAUCCGGUCCGGCGGAUCUGGCCCUGUAGCCGAAUGGCAUUUCUGCGACGCGAAACGUAAACGAAACGCCGCGAAAGGUAGUUUGGCUCUGUCGCGCCAAUACGCAAGAGCGAUAGAGAUAGAUAUCUACUAGCAUUUCGUUUCGUGAGCGUUUGUGCCAUUCGGCUACGCACCCUGGUGAUUCGGCCGGAUUCUGCACUCGUUUGUAGACCAUUUAGGCUUAAACUAACAGGUGUUUCGGUAGACUAAUCUGAAUCUGUAAUAGGUAUACUAAUCGCUUGUGUAUAGUCAUCAUUUGUAUGUGAUUAAUUAUCAACUUAAUUCGUCAUACCUAACUGCAUUACUUAUUAAUUUAAUCAUAUUAUGUACUACGUGCAUUAUUAUUAAUGACCAACUCAUGUUUAACACCAUAAUACCUAAUAUAAUGUCUUUUAUUCCGAUUUUUAAGAUCCAUUGGUUAGGGACAUAGUGACUUAAAUACUAACGAUUGUUAAGUAAAAUUAAUUCUAAGUACCUACCUACUAGUAAUAUGUAUAAGUAGGUAUAACUAAAAUUACUUUUACAACUUAAGAUUUCCAUGAUCAAU